AUCUUCACACUUCACAGUAAGCUUUUUUACUUGCAAAAAUGGCAGCAGCAGCAGCAGCAGCUGAGUUGAAGUGGAAAAACACUGCCCUUCUUGUAAUUGAUAUGCAGAAAGAUUUCAUUUUGCCAGGUGGGCCGAUGCAUGUGAGAGGCGGCGAAUCAAUUGUGGCUAAUGUUAUUAAGGCUGUCCAAGUAUCUCGAAACCGUACAAUUCCUAUUAUUUGGGUUGUUCGAGAGCAUGAUCCGUUUGGGAGGGAUGUUGAAUUAUUCCGACGGCAUUUGUACGAUUCUGCUGAAAAACCAAAGCCCACUUCUAAGGGCACCGUCGGUGCGGAAUUGGUCGACGGGCUAGUGAUUGAAGAAGGGGACUAUAAAUUGGUGAAAACGAGAUUUAGUGCAUUUUUUAACACGCACCUCAAUUCGUAUCUUCAUUGUGCUGGAGUUACUAACUUAGUCAUCAUUGGUGUUCAAACUCCGAAUUGCAUUCGACAGACUGUCUUUGAUGCGGUUGCUUUGGAUUAUAAGACGGUUACUGUUAUUGUUGAUGCUACUGCUGCUGCCACACCUGAUAUACAUAUCGCAAAUGUUGUUGACAUGACGAACAUUGGAGUGGCAACUCCGACGAUGCAAGAAUGGUGCGACAUCUGAAAACUAAUUAAUAUAUAUAAUUAUAUUGUACAUCACGAAAAGUCGGCUACUUCUCGAUUUGUUGGGAAGACGAACAAUGAUAUGUGCUAAGUGCUAUUGUGUUAUCUAUAGCAGGUAGAUUGUGUUAGGGUGUUGCAGGAUAGAUUUGUGAAUUUUUUUUUUUCUGGUUUUUUUGUUCUAUUGGAUACAUAAUUUCUUGUUAAAGAGUAGUUGUAUGUAUAUCA